AUGCCGCACCGCGGCGCCGUCCUCGUGUUCCUCCUCGCCCUCGCGGCGGCGCCGCUCGCCGCCGUGGCGUGGCGCCCGUGGCCGCCGCGCGUUGCCAGCGGCGCGCUCGCCGGCCUCGGCGCGUCCAAGAAGUUCGAGGGCUCGUCCAACUUCGUCAAGCUCGAGUACCACAUGGGCCGCGUCCUCGCCGCCGACAUCACCGUGCACCCGAUCUGGUACGGCGCCUGGCCCGCCGACCAGAAGCGCACCAUCCGCGCCUUCCUGCGCUCCCUCUCGCCGCAGGCCUCGGGGGAGAAGGAGGGCGCCGUCCCGUCGCCGUCGGUGGCGGACUGGUGGCGCACCGUCCGGCUCUACACGGACCAGACCACGGCCAACGUGUCGGCCGUGGUGGCGCUCGGGCAGGAGAAGUGCGACGCGCGGAUGUCGCGGGGGGCCUCGCUGUCCCGGAUGGACAUCCAGAGCGUGGUCAAGGACGCGGUGACCGCGCGCACCAGGCCGCUGCCCGUGGACGCCGGCGGGGUGUACCUGGUGCUGACGUCGCCGGAGGUCCGCGUGGAGAACUUCUGCGGGCAGGUGUGCGGCUUCCACUACUUCACCUUCCCGUCGGUGGUCGGGUACACGCUCCCCUACGCGUGGGUGGGCAACUCCGCGGGGCGGUGCCCGGAGGUGUGCGCCUACCCGUUCGCCAUCCCGGCGUACGUGCCGGGGCGGCGGCCCGAGGCGCCGCCCAACGGCGACGCGGGGGUGGACGGCAUGGUGAGCGUCAUCGCGCACGAGCUAGCGGAGAUGGCGUCCAACCCGCUGGCCAACGCGUGGUACGCCGGCGGGGACCCCUCCUUCCCCACCGAGAUCGCCGACCUCUGCGAGGGCAUCUACGGCACCGGCGGCGGCGGCGCGUACACCGGCCAGCUGCUCACCGACGGGCGGUCCGGCGCGUCGUACAACCUGAACGGCGUCGGCGGGCGCAGGUUCCUGGUGCAGUGGGUGUGGGACCCCUACCGCAGCUACUGCUCCGGCCCCAACGCGCUCGACCAGCAUUAG